UGUCACAGCUGCUUGUUUCCUUAGUUACUUAUCGUUAUCGUUGUUAUCAGUUUUCCGUGACCAUUUUUACCAAUAUCUAAUUCAAUUGGUGUUCCGAAAAGUUAUAGUGAUCGUGGCAUAAGCAUUUUGAACAAUGGACAAUGAAGACACCAAAACUCCCAUCGUCACCGAUGGAAAUGCUGCCAGACGAGAGAGAAUUGUGAAUCGAAUCUGGUUCGGAUAUAAUGCACUCACUUUCAUCGUUACUUUCGGCUUAUACAUUUACACAAUAAUUAUUGCUGUGCCGGUGCUGCAGACAUGCUACAUUGUCGCUGUUUUUAUCAUGCUUCUGGGAACGGCUUUGGGAUUGGUUCAGCUCGUGCCCGAGUUUUUCCGUAACUUCAUCAAACUUGAACCAAGGACAGCACGCUACGUGAAUUACUGCUUUUUCUUCAUUCUGGCCGUUCGCAUGAUUUGGUUGAUAGCAUCAACUGUAAUAGUAACUAGAGCACAAUGCAAACACAUUAGCUAUGCGUGGAUCAGCAUCUAUGUUAACUGGGGAAUUUUUGCAUCGACUAUUGUAAUCGUAGCUAUAAUCGUCAUUGUGAGGGUAUUGAGAGCAAGACGAGCAAGACGAUCAACUCGAUUAUAACGAUUAAGUGAGAGAUGUGUCGAGAUGAAAAGUUGCGAUCCAAAAGGUCAACAAAUUUCGGACAUUCCAUUCAAUUUUAGCUAAUAAUUGCGUGUUUCAUAUGCGGGUAUUCCAAGCACUAAUGUUGAUUUGACUGGUAUCAAAUUUUGAGGCCUUAGUGAUACGAGUUACCGUCUGUUAUACGAAUACUUGGAUAACGAUAACGAGUAAAAUGGUGAAAAAUCAUGAACAAACUUCCUAAUAUUUUAAUUGUAAUAGAAUGCAAUGAGUGUUUACAAAGUUCUAGUAAUUUUUGAUGACAA